CCCUCAACAAAGUGAUCAUUCGCCGUCGCUGCGAGCUUUACCAGACACACACCUCUUAACACACUCUCGCCUUCGUCUUCCUCACAAUGCAGUUGAAAUUCGCAGUCCUCACCGUCAUGGUUUGGGCGGCCAUCGCUGGAGCCAUCCCUGCUCCCGAGGCUGAGGCUAAUGCGGCAGCGCACCCUUACGCGGCACCAGACCGUCCCAUCUAUCAUCGUCCUUCCCCUCAUAAGCCGCCUUCUCAUAAGCCAUCUCCCAAAAAGCCACCCCCCAAGAAGCCAGAGCCCAAGAAGCCAGAGCCCAAGAAGCCAGAGCCCAAGAAGCCAGAACCCAAAGAGCCAGAGCCCAAGAAACCACCCCCCAAGAAGCCAGAGCCCAAAAAACCGCCUCCAAAGAAGCCAGAGCCCAAGGAGCCCGCUCCGAAAAAGCCACCUCCCAAGAAGCCUGCUCCCCCGCAUAAACGUCCAAAGUCGCCUCAUCGCAAGCCAUCUCCCAAGAAGAAGCCCGAUUGGCGCAAGCGGCCUCACCGCAACGGGGAUGAUACCGACAAUGACAGUGACUGAGGGUCGGCUUCAGCCUGAUUUCGUCGAAGGGCGAAGGGCGAGGUAUGGUCUCAUGAUCUUGGACAAUGGGUUCCAUAUUUCUUGACCUUCGUACUGUAAAGUUUCUCUCACCAGACGUUGUUCGAGUGUUCGUGUUCGUUGCGUAUCAGUAAAUCUCGCGUACUAUGGACGCUGUAGGAAGUGAAGAUUAUCGAUUAUGAACGUUGGACUGGUUUCGUAUGUACUGUGACUCGAAAUCCGAUAGCAAUAUAUAGUCCUUGUUUACACCAUUUGACCUUUAU